CGGGGGCCCGGCCCCGCCCGCCCCGGCCCAGGUAGCCCAGGUGGCCCGGCCGCACCUGCGGCCCCGCCCCAAGAAUGGAGAUCAGCGACAUCGCGGCGGCCGCCGAGAGCCUCCAGCCCAAGGGCUACACCCUGGCCACCACGCAGGUGAAGACGCCGAUCCCGCACCUGCUGCGGGGCACGCUGCGCGAGUACCAGCACAUCGGCCUGGACUGGCUGGUGACCAUGUACGAGAAGAAGCUCAACGGGAUCCUGGCCGACGAGAUGGGGCUGGGCAAGACCAUCCAGACCAUCUCCCUGCUGGCACACCUGGCCUGCGAGAAAGGCAGCUGGGGCCCUCACCUGAUCAUCGUGCCCACCUCGGUGAUGCUCAACUGGGAGAUGGAGCUCAAGCGUUGGUGCCCCAGCUUCAAGAUCCUCACGUACUACGGCGCCCAGAAGGAGCGGCGCCUCAAGAGACAGGGCUGGACGAAGCCGAACGCGUUCCACGUGUGCAUCACCUCCUACAAGCUGGUGCUGCACACCUGGGGCACACCUGGGGGCACACCUGGGCACACCUGGGGCUGUUUUAGGGCAUUUUGGACGGGGUUUUUUUGGGGUUCUGACCUCACCUGUGUCUCACCUGUCUUACCUGCUCAGGGCUGGACGAAGCCGAACGCGUUCCACGUGUGCAUCACCUCCUACAAGCUGGUGCUGCAGGACCACCAGGCGUUCCGCAGGAAGAACUGGAAGUACCUGAUCCUGGACGAGGCGCAGAACAUCAAGAACUUCAAAUCCCAGCGUUGGCAGUCCCUGCUCAACUUCAACAGCCAGCGGCGGCUGCUGCUGACGGGGACGCCGCUGCAGAACUCGCUGAUGGAGCUCUGGUCGCUGAUGCACUUCCUGAUGCCGCGCGUGUUCCAGUCGCACCGCGAGUUCCGCGAGUGGUUCCACAACCCCCUCACCGGCAUGAUCGAGGGCAGCCAGGAGUACAACGAGAGCCUGGUGAAAAGACUGCACAAGGUGCUGCGGCCGUUCCUGCUGCGGCGCCUCAAGGUGGACGUGGAGAAGCAGAUGCCCAAGAAGUACGAGCACGUGCUCAGGUGCCGCCUGUCCAAGCGCCAGAGGUUCCUCUACGACGACUUCAUGGGCCAGGCCAGCACCAAGGCCACGCUGGCCAGUGGCCACUUCAUGAGCGUCAUCAACGUUCUGAUGCAGCUGCGCAAGGUGUGCAACCACCCCGACCUGUUCGAGCCGCGCCCGGUCACCUCCCCGCUGGUCACGCCCGGCCUCAGCCUGGCCACCCCCGCCCUGGUGCUGCGCGCCCUGGAGCCACACCCCUUCCAGCAGGUGGACCUGUCGCCCUUCGAGCUGGUGGCCCUCGAGGCUCACCUGUCGCGCUACGCGGCCGAUUGGUUCCUGCCGCGCUUCCGCGUCACCCGGCGCCUCGUGGAGGACGUGGCCGCCGCCCCCGACCCCCCCCCCCGCGCCCCAAACCCGUCCGCAUGAAGGUCAACAGGAUGCUCCAGCCGGUGCCGAAGGCGGAGCCGCGGGCGGUGCUGCUGCUCCCCGCCCCCCGCCCCUCCCCCGCCGGGGGCGUGGCCUCGCCUG